AUUUGCAUCUUUGGCAUCACGCGGUUCAGUUGCAUUUCCUUACGCUUUGGCGUCGCGCACGUGGGUUAAACUUAUCACACAUUGCCUCUGUUAUUUUUUAUGGAGGUGAAAAUUCAAGUGGAAUAACAAGUUAAUUUUUUUUCUUGAGGAAAGAAAGUGAAGGAAAAGACAUUUGGUGGAGAACCCUCUUUUAUGUUGAUGUGGUGUAACACUUUUCCCGCCAUCACUUUCCCAUUGUGAAUAAUUGACGAAAAUUGCGCCAAUUUGCCAGUUGGAUCACAACGUCCACAACGGACUUCCUCAAAUGUGCCCCCAUUGAGAGUCCUCGUCACGGAAUACUUAAGCUUUAAUGUGAUAUCCUCCAGCAGGAGUGCCAAUGACAGACAGGAAGCACUGGUGGUGCUGGAUGUGGAGUAACAAUGUCCACUGAGGCUGACACAGACUUGAAUUAUUUCUUACUCAAUCGGACUUUUGAGUCAUGUGCGCUUAAAUAUGAGGACUACGUUAUGCCAUUGACAGCAUCCUAUUGUAAUUGGACGUGGGACAGUGUGCUGUGUUGGCCUCCAACUCCCGCGGGUGCCAUUAUAAGACAACGAUGCCCCUUUCGACAUGGUCUGGAUCCCACGAGAUACGCGGAGAGACGUUGCAGCACCAAAGGUGAGUGGAUUGGGCGGAAUGGUACGUCUGAUGCCCAAAGUCAGACAGGAUGGACCAAUUAUACUCCCUGCUACACACCUGAAAUGCGACACAUCAUGAAUUUGCUCUACCUCAACGGCGACACAGCCAAGGAAAAAUUUGAUAUAGCCGAAAGGACACGAAUCCUGGAAAUUGUUGGCUUCAGCAUCUCCCUAACAGCUCUAAUACUUUCCCUGAUAAUCUUCUGGCGCUUUCGUAGUCUGCGGAACAUUCGGACGCGCAUCCACAAGAAUUUAUUCGUUGCAAUGGUCAUUCAGGUACUCAUCCGCCUAAUCCUCUACAUUGAUCAGGCACUAAUGAGGGCCAAUUAUGGUGAUGGCGGCAUAGGACGUCAAGGGAUUGAUAACACUCCUUUCCUGUGUGAAGCCUGUUACAUCUUCCUGGAAUACGCCAGGACCGCCAUGUUUAUGUGGAUGUUCAUUGAGGGGCUGUACCUGCACAACAUGGUGACUGUAACGGUUUUUCAAGUGCAGUUUCCCUUUAUGAGCUACGUUGCCCUCGGCUGGGGUGGACCCAUCUUCCUCACGGCCAUUUGGGCCACAAUCACAGCCACCUACCAAUCCCACCAACACUGCUGGUGGGGCUACAAUCUCACCUACUCCUACUGGAUCCUCGAAGGGCCACGACUGACUGUUAUUUUGCUAAAUUUCAUCUUCCUGCUCAACAUCAUCCGUGUACUGGUGGUGAAGCUGCGGCAAUCCCAUACAAGUGACAUUGAGCAGGUGCGAAAAGCUGUCCGAGCAGCCGUUGUGCUGCUACCCCUUCUUGGUAUUACGAAUAUCAUUUCAAUGAUGGCGAAUCCACUCAAGGACUCUGUGCUGGAAUUUGCACUUUGGUCCUACAUCACGCAUUUCCUCACCUCCUUCCAAGGCUUCUUCAUUGCACUCUUGUAUUGCUUCCUCAAUGGUGAAGUUCGAUGCGCAAUUGUCAAGAGUUUUCGUGUCUAUGUGGAUUUUCACGGGGAUUGGGCAACGCAGCCGCCACCACGACGGCAAUCCUUCUACAGUGUAGCCUACACCCCAGCUGCAGCAGCUACUACACCCACAAUUCCCAUGAAUCUCCAGAGAUUCACGUAAAUUCGCGCAAAAUGGCGCGUUUUUGGUGGUUUUUUGCCGUUGACAGACGCCAUGUUGUUUUUUGCAAAAACGGUUUCACGCAUACAAAUUUUUGUUUUGCAAGAAGUUUUGAUGAAAUUGAGAAGAAAAACAAGAGUUGUACAAUUUUACACAAAUAUAGUUUUAUUGUGCAAAAUAAAAUGGUUUAUUUUAUGAAGAAAAAAA